AUGGCCGACACGCGACAGAAGAACGUGAUCGUGAGCAAACCCAUUCUGUAUGGAUCUGUCGCCACGUAUCUUGGGCGGAAAGCCGAGGAGACGAAGACGCAUCGCUGGUCGAUCUACCUGCGUGGCGUGGACAACGAGGACCUGUCGUACCUGAUCAGCAAGGUCGUGAUUAGUCUGCACGUGAGCUUUGCCAACCCCGUGCGAGUGUUAACCGAACCGCCGUAUGAAGUCACGGAACUCGGGUGGGGCGAGUUCGAAACGCGUAUUCAGAUUUACUUUCACGAUACGAACGAACGGCCCAUUAGCAUUAUCCAUUUGCUCGUGCUCUAUCCACCCAAUAGCCAGCCGGCGAGUACGAAAAAGCCCGUGGUAAGCGAGUUCUACGACGAACUCGUGUUCAAUGAGCCGACCGAGUUCUUCCACAAGAAACUGAUGGCGGGCCCCGACCGGCAGUCGCCGCCGCUGACUAUGCAGGACCACUUGCCGACGUACUCGGACGUUGAGGUUCUAAAGACGCUGGCUCAUGCCGAGGCGUUCGUGCAGAAGGAGAUCCAGGAUGCUAAAACGUUGUUGCUGAGUGCUGACAUGGAGAUUCGAGAACUCAAGGAGCGUAUCUCCGAACACACGAAGAAGAAGAAACAAACGGACAAACUGGCAACUGCAUCUGCGUGUCCUCCAGUUGUGUUGCCUUGA